AUGUCCGACCUGUCCUCGCGCUUCCAUAACCUCCGCGUCUCCCUCAAGGGAGGCGAUGUCGUCGACGAAGACUUAGGCGGCGCCAUCGGCCUCGACUCAGUUGGCGGUGGUGGCCGAAGCACCGUCCGCGCUGACCAUGAAAUUGCCAAGCUCCGCGUUAGCCACGCCCUGCGUGCCUUUCUCGUCGACCGUGGCGUGCUCUCGGAAAAGGAAGCCAACCUCGACGACGAGGGCGACGACGUUCGCACCCCAGCCCUCACCGCCCUGCUCGCCCAGGGCGACUUCGUCGCGCCUCCGGACCUCGUCAACCGCGACCAUCCACUCCCCGAGUACUUUGUGAGCUCCUCACACAACACCUACCUCAUGGCACACCAGCUCUAUGGCAAGUCCUCCGCCGAGGCGUACGAGACGGCCAUCCGCACCGGCUCCCGCUGCGUCGAGAUUGACGCAUGGGACAACAGCGAUGACAAGAGCGAGCCCAAGGUCACCCACGGUUACACUCUGGUGUCGCACAUUUCCUUCCGCGCCGUAUGCGAGACGAUCCGCGACAUGCACGACGAAGAGGCGGCCAUUGCCGCUCAACACCCCGAUCAUGCCCCUACGCCGAUUAUCCUGUCCUUGGAAAAUCACUGUGGCCCCGAGGGCCAGAAACGCCUUGCCGAAAUCAUGCACGAAGUCUUUCAACAUCGUCUGCUCUCCGCGCCGCUGCGACAGGAGCUCAUAGAACGCCACGCCGAGGAGCACCAGGCCGACGGUCGCGACCACGACCCAGCCGAACAUGUCACUCUCAAAGAGCUGGGUGACAAAAUUGCCGUUAUUGUCGAACACCACUUUGGCGAAGAUGUUCUCGAUAGCGACUCUCAGAGCGAGGACGAAGAGGACGGGGAAUUCGACGAAGCGGAGCGCAAAGCCCGUGAGGCGUACAAAGCCAACAAAAAGGAUGAGGCCAAGAACAUCCAAAUCAUUAUCCCCGAGCUCGCGGCACUCGGCGUAUAUGCGCAAUCUGUCAAGCCCCGCGACAACACAUGGUUCGACCCCGGCGAGCUGCUCGAAGGGCCGCACCACCACCUCAUCAACGUUUCCGAGUCUGGUCUCUCCAACCACCUCCCCGCCAACGCCGCAAGAAUCGCCGUCCACAACGGCAGGCACAUGAUGCGCGUGUACCCCAAGGGCACCCGCAUCAGCUCCUCCAACCUCAAACCCGUGCGCUUCUGGGGCCUCGGCGCGCAAAUCUGCGCCCUCAACUGGCAGACCUUUGGCACCAGCAACCAGCUCAAUGACGCCCUCUUCGCCGGCUCCGACGGGUACAUUCUCAAGCCGCCGGCGCUGCGCCAGGGCGGCAACGGAGAGCUGGCGACGGGCCAAAAGAAGCGCCUCCGGCUGCAUGUCGGCGGCGCGACUGACGUCCCCCUGCACGCCGACCGCGAGAGCCACACACUCAAGCCGUACCUGACGUGCACGCUUCACAGUGCGCUGGCGGAGAACAAUAGCGACGUGCCGAAGCGCAAGACGGACGCGUACAAGCACCACAAGCUGGGCUUCCUGCACAAGGGCGAGAACCCGCCCGCCACGGACCCCAUCUGGGAUGAGACGCUGGAGUGGACGUAUGAGGACAAUGAGCUGGUGUUUUUGCGCAUGCUUAUCAAGAGUGACGAUGCAUGGGCACGUAACCCCAUGUUUGCCGUCGCGGCGGUGCGGCUAUCGUACACGCGGCCGGGAUGGACCUUUGUAAGAAUGCUCGACAUGCAGGGCAGAGAGACCAAGUGCACUGUGCUGCUGAACUUUGAUAUCCAGAAUGUCGCCGUCGCGUAA